AUGACGUCGUCUGAGAUCCACAUGAAGGUGAAAUCAUGUGACAUGAUGUACUUAUGUACGCCGGAAGAAAUUGCCAUCAAUCCGCUGUGCGGCACAGACGGUCGGACGUAUAACAGUCUGUGCGAGGUGAAAAAGGUGUCCUGCCACGGCAGUCCCGUCCAGGUUCCUACCGUAAUUUUCGCAGAUAAUGCCAAAUGUCGUCUGGAGCGUGCGUUUCAGCAGAACAUCGCCUCGAAACGAAACGGCUCGGCGAUUUUCAUUCCCGAAUGCGAGCCAGACGGCACCUACUCUGUUGUUCAGUGUCACCGAAGCACCGGCUACUGCUGGUGCGUCACCAACAACGGUAAGCCUAUUCCCGGGACCUCGGUGCGCCAACGAAAGCCAAAGUGUUCUCCUCAAGGUGAGAGUAAACGAGUCUUUCAUGACUCGUGCGUUGUUCGUCUCUAG